GGCCAUGUCAGUAAAGAUCUUUGGGGAAAUAUGCAAGAAGCCAACAAUCGAGAACCUGCUUCAGAAAUACAAGCUCGACAAGGAGAAUAAGUUCAUCGAGGAGCUUAUAAAUCCCCCACCAGGUCUAUGGGAAAAGGACAGCACAAGAUCAGCAUACAAGACUCCCUGGUUAUGCGAGGGACGAGGCCAGGACAAGAGUUUCCUAUACCUGAUUGUGAAGAACACGCUGAAUGGCAUCGAUGUGGCCAAGUGGGACUACUGCGCCCGGGACUGCUACUUUCUCGGCAUCCCAAACAGCUUUGAUCAUCAACGCCUGCUCAAGUACGCCAGGGUGUUACAGUUUGGAGGGCGUUCCGAGAUAUGCUUCAAAUUCAAGGAAGCCUUCCAUCUGUACAACCUGUACCGGAUGAGGCAUAUACUUCACACGCGCGCCUAUCAGCACACAGUGAAGAAUACCAUCGAAAUCAUGUUUUCUGAGGCAUUGGAAGAAGUGGAAAAAUCAUUGACUAAUAGAGAGAAGACAGACCUGAACAUGCUCUUUGGUGAAGGGUAUGGUUGA